UAUCUCCCAGUUUCGUCUCAGUUUACAGCGCUUUUAAAGUGUCUGAGAGCGAGGGAGACUGUCUUCGAUCUUCCCAACUGUAAGCAGUCUGCUUGUCAUUUUACUCAGGCAAACACCAGCGAUUUAUCUAAUCACAGCUCCUUUGGCCGUAAAAAAAUUAUUUUGCCUGACAGCGUCUUGGCGAGACUUGCACUUGUUUCGAUCUUAUGCAAAAAUGUUACAUAGAAGCGUCAGUAAAAAUCAUAGUCAAUGAGCGAGUAAAAUGUUUCUGUAAUAGACAGAUGUUUUACCUAGCAUUUAGACUUACACUGCGAGCAGAUCAGAGUCUCGUGGCCUUCGAUCUUCCGAGAAAAAUCGAAGGAGACUCUGCUGUCGGCAUGAGCAUGGAGAAGUGAACAUAUCAGUGUAGUUAUUAUUCCCCAUAUGGAAGGUGUUUCAUUUAUACAAUUUACAAUUUUCUUCAUAAUUUUAGCUUCAAGGCAAUGUUUAUUUUAUUGCGCGCAAAUAGCACUGAUCAUGCACGUUCUGUGCACAAAAACAACUUAUGGCUUCCUUGUUGUUGCAAUAAGCAAAUUUAUAUCAAAACUUUGCAUAUCUGGAGUUCAGUUGCUCACUUCGCUGAGAAAUAGUAUAGGUUGAAAGGCUGUAGUGAAACUUCAACAUUGCAUUCAAAAAUGUGCGAGAUAAGCAGUUCAUGUUAGAAACGCAUGUUGGCUCGCACGUAAGGGCCCGCAAGCAAGCAACCAAUACAUGUAAAAAGCUGACGUAUUUCCGGGUAUUAUUUCGAACGUGACCGUGACCAAUAGCAAGCGCAAUAGCGUGAAGCGGUUUUUGUAAAGGCACGAUAUUGUUUAGUUAGCACAAGUUUGGCCACGGUUUGGAAAGAUCAGGAUAUCUCAGAAGUCUUAGAAGGGGUUGGAUAUCUAGAGGUGUAGGAAGACCUAACUUCACUCAAAAUUGUCGAGAGCCUUUUAGUCAGUUGCGUGACAACGUAGCCUUACCUGGUUCGCUUCGCGCAACAAAUUUUUCCCUCGCUGCGUAUGCCACUGGUGCUCAACUAACCGAUCGCCAGGCUAUGUCAAUGAAGAAAAUAGAAAGCUCGGUUUAAUAACACGAGUCGUAGGCCGCGGAGUGUUUCCACAGCUGCGUCGAGUCCGCCCAAACUUCCACGCCUUACCAAACAACUGCGUAUGAAAUAAGGGCUUAAAAUAUAAUUGUCUCCAAUCAUAGAGGAAUGACAAAUGGCUUUCUUUAAAUCUGACCAGUCGUACUUCAUAAUAUCACUAUGACUCAUGGACAGAAUUGAGAAGAAAUCAAUGGACGGAUAACAGUUUGGUGGGUGUAUUAUAAAAGCAUUUUUUCCCACCUGUUCCCGCCCCACGCUAACGAGGUUCAAAGAACCAACCGCUUAAAUCUCCAUUCGUCUAGAUCUUGUUUCGACGUAGCAGUGUUUUUUUUUCUCCUGUGGAGAUCACUACGUCAAUUUCGAGCUGAUUACUAGGUGAUUCUUGCUUUAAGUGUCAGAGGUUCGUUAACAAAGUUGAUGCAAGAAUUUGAAGGGGAUUCCCAUGAGCCGAACUUCGCAGACGCUCAACACAAGAUUGAUACAUCGUUACUUAAAGUAGCAGCAGCGGAGCAAAGGAAUAGCCAACCGGAUAACGACAUUGGAAGACAUCCUAAAAAUUCGCCUGCGGGUGAAAUAACAUGGCAAGGCGAGCGACAAAUCGAUGAAGAAGUGUACAACGAAAACACACACCACUGUGCAAACUGUCAUUUGUUGCAAAGUGAAUAUGGCCGUGUUCUGUUUGAGCGGGACCUCGCGCAAAGAAAUUUAAGACUUGCAAGCUACCGGUUCGAGGACGAUCUACAGAGACAGAGGGAUAGGGAAAAUAAUGGAGCUGCGGCUGCUUUUCAAGAAGACAAAAUGGAGCAUUCACAUGACAAACCAGACCAAUCCAGCCCCAGGAUGAGCUGGCGAUACUCAGAAUUACCCAGCGCUAAGGUGCCAUCAAGGCUAAAAGGUGACCUUAAAUCUUCAAUAUCUGCUCUUAAAGAUCAUGGUGCUAGAAACACAAAUACUGAAGGAACUCGGACAUUUCUUAAUGGGUAUGCAAAUUACUUAAGCGAUAGCGAAGACAGUGUACACAGUUCUCUAGAUGGCGGCAAAGACGGAGAUGAUAAUGAUGCUAAUGAUCGUGUUCAUGAUAGUGAUGAGAAUGAUAAUGAUGAUGAUAAUAAUGCUGAUAAGGACGGCGAUAAUCAGGAAAUUGAAUGCAAUGACGAUGACAAAUGUGAUAAUGGGGAUGACAGUCUUGAUGAUGACGACGAUGAUCAUGGUGAUGACAGCGACAGCGACAACGACGGCGACGAUGACAGUGACGAUAACGAUAACGAUGACGAUGAAUAUGACAAGAAUGGCGACAUAGGUCAAGACGCUUCUUAUUCGUGUCCAGAGGGUAAUAUCUCUGUGGUGUCGGACAGAGUUAAUGAAUCUCUAACACAGGAGUCAAGUUUUAGCUUCCAUAUUAGCAGUUCUAACGAAGAAAAAAUCAACAGCAAUGAGAAUAUUUAUUGCAGGCCAGGAAGCAGCAGCAACGACAAAAUUUCUGGUGAAAAAGUGUACGACAAAAACGAAGACAGUAGUAGAAGUAGUGAAGGGGACGAUAACGCUAAGCUUUUAGCGGCAGGAGGUACCACUCCCUACGCACAUAAGAAAAAGUCUCCGAUCGUAUCUAUAGCUAGUAAUGUCACAAGUCAGGGAGCAAGACCAAAGACUUCAUCGCAAACACCAGUGCUUAGCAAUGUGGUCGACCCAGACCUUCACGAUGGGAAGAUACCAUCUCUAGAUGUGACUGGUAUUAGUCAAGGAUUCCUUGCCCGGCAUACCACCGAUCAAAGUCUUCCAUACAGCUCAAACACUGGAGAUAAUGACUUGCCAACCAGCGAAUCUACCUCUUCCACUGACUGGCCCCACACUUCCAUCACUAGUAAUGGUAACUCCUCGACAUCAUGGAGCCUGCCCGGGCCUUCUUUUCCAAAUAGAAGUGAGCCGUUACAAGAUCGUGCUUAUCCCAGGGGGUUGAAUCCACGGUAUGGGGACCCUCGAAAUAUGGGUUACCAGCCAGUAGCGCCGAUGACGGGCUUAGGAACUGGAUGGCAGUUGUCAAAUCAACAAAAGCCACAAUCAGGAAGAACUUCUUCAAACUUUCCUUUAGAAGACCAACGUAUAUCUAAUCGAGCUGAAUCCUGGUUAACAUCCCAUGAUGAAUCUCCCUCACAUCCCAAUGUCUUGGGACAUUUUAUAGGCGCCACUGGUACCCAGGGUGAUGAUUCGUUAAACAGGCAGACUUGGAUGCCAGGCAACUACGAAACCUCUUGGCGCUGGCCAAGAUACGAUUAUAACAGAUAUCAAACCGACCCUUCAACUAUUGGAGACCUUGCUCUCAGGAAUGAGCCAGCAGUGAAUUCACCUGCGGUAAACGCACCUGCCCCUGCAGUCACUCUUCCCAGCGUUACUUUACCGAAUGCAAGCCUCAAUUUCCAAACUGCAGCCAGUGAACCCUUAACAUCGCAAUCCUCUUCAAGUACAAUGCCAGGAAGCCACAACCUCCACCUUUCGCAAGCCACAACCUCCACUGAAGAUAAUUCGCUGGUUGCACUGGAGCGAAAGGUGGCUGAAGCAUGCGCCAUAGUGGAGAGAGUUCUUAAAGAGCGAGAAGAACGAACUAAAAGGCAAAGGGAAGAGGUGCAAAGACAGAGAGAGAUAAGAGAACGGAGACAAAGGGAAGCGAGAGAAAGGAGAGAAAGACAAGAACGGGAAAUGAGGGAAAGAGCAGAAAGAGAAGCAAGAGAAAGAGAAGAUAUGGCCGUGGCAGAACGGGCACCAGUUCAAGAGAGUCCGCUGUGGCAAUGCGAGCAUUAUCAGCGGCGUUGUAGUGUGAGGUUUCCAUGUUGUGGAGUGUUUUACCCGUGCCACCGCUGUCACAAUGGAUCGGGGGCGUGUGACGCUGAUGAUAAGAAGGCAAACCAAGCGACCCAUGUCAAGUGCGCUAGCUGCGGUCACGAAGAAGAGAUAAAUGAAGGAAGUCAGACCUGUAGCAGCUGUGGUGCCAGACUGUCCGAGUACUUCUGUUUUAAAUGCAAACAUUUUACAGGAGUAGACAAAAACCCGUUUCACUGCGACAAGUGUGGAAUAUGCCGAAUCUACAAGGACAGAUCCUUUCACUGUGAUGUUUGCAAUGUUUGCCUGGACAAAAGACUGGAAGGAAAACACAAGUGCAGACCGGAUUCUGGACACGACGAGUGUUGUAUUUGUUUGGAGGAUGCGUUCAGCGGUUGCCAGAUUCUGCCAUGCUCACACAAGGUUCACAGGGAGUGUGCCAUUGCAAUGAUACAAAACGGCGUGAGGAAUUGUCCAAUAUGUCGCCAUCCUUUAUACAGUCAGGGAUCACAGUGACGUGUUGAUCAGAUUCUCGUACUAGUGUGCAGCGAGAUAUAGGACAAAAAUUUGCGUUACCAGCUGCCUGUUGAAGAUUUACAAAAUACAUUUUUACCAGACUUUUCCUAUUUCUUUAAACUAAGAAAACAUAGUAUUUUCUAGUAUUAUUUUUAGACACAUUUUUCUUAAAUUUUUACUGCAAUCUUAAUCUUACAUUGUGAAGAGCUUUAGAAUAUUCUAUAAUUUUAGCGCUAUAUAAAUCUAUUAUUCUUAUAAUUAUUAUUUAAUCUAUCAUUAUUACAGUAAUAUAUAACCAACAGACUUCGGAUACAUCUAUAGUUGCGUUACAGUUCUGAUAAAACCUUUUAUUAACUUAUUUGAAACUUAGUCUUAAUAAAUUGAUGGUGGGCGAAAAUCGAUAAGCGACCGAGCUUUAGGCCAUGUAACCGAAUUUAAGGACGAAUUUUGCUUCCUAGAAACGAAGUUUUGUUAGUUACGUUUUCCAUAAAUCGUUAUAUUCUUUGUAAAUGUAAGUGUAUCGGGUUAUUUUAAAUUUACAGUCGCAAUAUAUUGGUAAACUGAUUGUAUACUUAAGAAUAAACCGAAAAUAGCUGAUCGAUUACCGAGCUUUAGACGCUGUUAGCAGAAAUCAGUUUCCUUUUAAUAACAACGUGAACUUUGGCUAUUAUUUUAAUUUUUAAAGUAUUGAUCAAUAUUUCUGCAAGCUCCCUAGUUACAGGCAGCCUUAGACAGCAGUAACUAAGCAUCGCUUCGAGUUUCCUGAAAUACGAAAGAUAUUAGAAUAAAGAUGACUUUCGUUGUUCCUGA